AUGGAAUUCCGUGGCGUGGAAACUCUGGGCUACAAGAUGGUGCAACACUAUCUGAUGUCAGGGGUGGGCUGGUUGGAGGAUAUUAUGAUGGUGGGAACAACAUCAAAUUCCAUUUUCCCAUGGCUUUCUCCAUGACACUGCUGAGCUGGUCAGUUAUAGAAUAUGGCCACAAGUACAAAGCAAUUGGGGAGUACAACCAUGUAAGAGAAAUCAUAAAGUGGGGAAUUGACUACUUGCUCCUCACAUUCAAUUCUUCUGCCAGCACUAUCAACAAAAUAUACAGUCAGGUUGGUGCGGCAAAAGUAGGCUCGACUAGCCCUGAUGAUCACUUCUGCUGGCAGAGGCCAGAAGACAUGGAAUACCCCCGGCCAGUGCAAAUUGCAAGUGUAGCUCCUGACCUUGCAAGUGAGAUUGCAGCCGCUCUAGCAGCUGCUUCCAUUGUAUUCCAAGAGGAACCCAAGUACUCCAAGAAACUCGUUCAUGCAGCAAAAAUUGCUUAUAAAUUUGCUAUUGUUUCUAGCCAACAAACAGCUUAUUCAGUUGAAAAUAAUGCCAGUGUACCAUUCUACAACUCUAGUGGUUUUUGGGAUGAACUUAUCUGGGGAGCUACAUGGAUGUACUAUGCCACUGGAAACUAUAGUUAUUUAUCACUAGCCACAUCCCCAACAUUGCCAAAUAAUGCUAAUGCCUUCUCUCAGAUUCCAUAUUUGAGCGUGUUCAGCUGGGACAAUAAGCUUCCAGGAGCUGAGCUACUCUUGGUAAGGCUGAGGAUUGUCUUGAACCCAGGAUACCCUUAUGAGGAAAUGCUUAGAGCUUAUCACAAAACUGUUGAUUUUAACAUGUGCUCUCUUCUUCAAAUGUUCAAGAUUUUCAAAUAUAGUAAAGGUGGUUUGAUUCAGUUGAAUCGCAGGAACCUACAACCUCUGCCAUAUGCAGUGAAUGCUGCUUUCCUUGCUACUCUAUAUGCUGACUAUAUGAACGAUAGCAACAUUCCUGGAUGGUAUUGUGGCGCCUCUUAUAUCUCUGCACUCACUUUACGGAAAUUUGCUGCCUCACAGGUGAAGUACAUCCUGGGAGCCAACCCAAUGAACAUGAGUUAUGUGGUCGGCUAUGGCCAAAAUUUCCCCAGCCAUGUCCAUCAUCGUGGCGCUUCAAUUCCUUCAAAUCAAAGGCACGUCUCAUGCACUGAGGGAUGGAAAUGGCGAGAUGCCAGGACGCCAAAUCCCCAUAUCAUCACUGGAGCAAUGGUCGGGGGCCCAAACCAGAUGGACCAAUUCGUCGACAAGAGACAGAAUUACAACUUUACUGAGCCGACGAUAGCUGGUAAUGCAGGUCUUGUUGCAGCUCUUGUUGCAUUGACGAGCGGCAGCGGCAGGAAUUCCAUCUUAAAUUAAUUUUUAGUUGAUUUUGAGUUCUACUUUAAAACUUAAUUUAAGUUAUACUGAAUAAUACUUGAUUGCUGUUUUCAAUUGUUUUGAAAUUAUUUAAUCUCAAAAUAAAUUUGAUUAUUUUGAAAUAAAUUAAUCAAAA